AUGGCACGGAAAAGGAAAGCAUUCGAAGACAUAUUCGGCAUGGAAAAACGUCGACAAAUGCCCCCUGCUAAUACUAGGACUAGUCCUAAUCCUGCAGAUACAGAUCCCGGCCCCGCCUGUCCUUCUCCUGCUGCUCCUUCUGUCACCCCUAGGCCUGAUACUUUUCAUUCUAUAGAUUCCGAACCUUCUGUAUUUUCGACGCCUUCAGCAAAACGUGUACAAUCUCGUAACGGCCAACGACUUGCAUUCCGGAACUUUCUUCAGCAAAACUCAUCUAACGAUGGUUCUUUCGAUUCCGGCGCAAGCACGAGCUCCACGAUUCAGGUCGCUUCAGCCUAUCCAGACUCUGGAACAGCUGAUGGCUGCGUCAAUCGGCAAAAUGACUCAGAGAUCGAUCUUCCAGGUCCUGGCGUAGAUCACGAGAGCUCCUCAAUUUCAGUGCCAACAUCAGUUAACGUUCUCAAUUCGACAUCUCAAAACUCUCUGAGCCAUUCUACAACCGACAGAUCGAACUUUGGCUUAUCCGUAAUGGCUCAAGUUAUUUUAAAUAGAGACUCCCUAGAAUUCACCCCGCUUGAUCCAUCAGCUCUGGAAACAAUUGUCGAGACUGUUCAGGCAACUAUUGGCAGUCCUCCUCAAAAUGACGCGACACUCGCGGACGUUUUCAACGAUCCUAGACUAAGGCAUCGUUCGGUUAUCGACGCUUCGUUGCGCAUACAAUCCCUUCAGAAGGACAUGGAAAAUCAUCUUUCAGCUCUUCAUGGACUGUCGCCAGACUCAGAACCAAUCGUGAUUCAGAAUGUACUCGGAAGGGCAGAGCGUGCAGCACGAGCCACGUCAUCAGACUUGAGGAAAGGAGCUACAAGCGACACAUACGUCAUGGCCAUGUUCUGA